GACGGAUUCGAUAUCCAGUUCUCUCACCCGCCAUUUGGUUCCACUAUUUCUUCUCUGGAACGGUCGGACCACCAUCUUCGUCUAGGGUUUCGCCUUUUUGAAUCGGGCUCGCAUGGAAGCUGCCAUGGCAAGUGUGAUUGGAUCUCCUGUUGGAGCUUUUGCAUGCCUUAAGCCUACCGGCAGAUCGGUAAUCUACGGCAGUGGGCGUGGUUUUGUGUGCCUUCCGUCCCUAUCGCAUGUCCCUACUCGACUAUGCUUUCGGGUUUCUUACUCCAAAUCCUGGAAUAAGAAAUUGGGCUCAGGAAUUAGGAGAAGCAUGGAAGUUAAGGCAUCAAUGGAUGCUCAGUCAUUUGAAUCAGAUGAUCCGAUUGCGCCCCUUCAGUUGGAGUCUCCAAUUGGACAGUUUUUGUCCAAAAUUUUGGUUAGCCACCCUCAUCUUGUCCCAGCUGCUGCUGAGCAACAUCUUGACCAGCUUCAAAUUGACCGUGAUGCUGAGGGGAAUAAGGAGACGUCUAGUUCUGGUACUGAUUUAGUUUUGUACAGGAGAAUCGCUGAGGUCAAGGAAAAUGAAAGGAAAAAGGUUUUAGAAGAAAUCCUAUAUGCUUUGGUUGUACAGAAAUUCAUGGAUGCUAAUGUUCCCCUGAUACCUGCAAUAACCCCUUCAUCUUCUGAUGUAUCUGGUCGAGUUGACACUUGGGCUGCUCAUUAUGAGAGCUUUGAGCAUCUUCACUCGCCUGAAGCUUAUGAAAUGAUUGAGAACCACCUUGCUCUCAUCCUUGGGAACAGGGUUGGUGACACAACCUCAGUAGCACAAAUAAACAAACUCAGGGUCGGCCAGGUCUAUGCCGCUUCAGUGAUAUAUGGCUACUUUCUUAAGCGAGUUGACCAGAGGUUUCAGCUUGAGAAGACUAUGAAAGUUCUUCCAAAAGCAUUGGAUGCAGAAGAUGGUAUAAUUCAGCAAGUUGUGGGAAAGGAUGUGAGACCUCCUAUUGGAAAGAACUCGCCACCUGUUUCACCUCAUCCUGAAAUCUCUUCCUGGCCUGAUCAUGAUGAGAGCAGCCUUGGGGGAUCUGGCCAAAGUACAAAAGCUUCUAGACUGCGAAAUUAUGUCAUGUCCUUUGACGGGGAGACACUUCAGAGAUACGCAACGAUAAGAUCCAAAGAGGCCGUUGGCAUCAUCGAGAAGCACACCGAAGCAUUGUUUGGCAGACCUGAAAUUACUAUAACACCUCAAGGAACCAUCGAUCCUUCCAAAGAGGAACUGUUGAAAAUCAGCUUUGGAGGUUUAAAGGGACUGGUUUUGGAAGCUGUCACUUUUGGAUCUUUCCUCUGGGAUAUCGAAAGCUAUGUCGAUUCAAGGUACCAUUUUGUUGUGAGUUGAACUAAUGUCGUAUUCCUGCCUGAAGUAUGUUGUACUAAUACCAAAUAAUCCGUGCGGAUUACGCUGUAUAUUACUACUUAUGUUAAAUUCUGACUGAAAAACCAUAGAAAUUCAGGGGAAGAGAGUUUCAGUUAGGCUUUACAUGAUCUUUCACAACGUACUUCAAUAGAAUUCAGUUCAAAUUUCUUCCUUUUUCUAUGAAUAGAACGCUUUGAUA